AGAGAGAGCGAGAGAGAGAGAGAGAGAGCUUGACAUCAGAGCGAGUUUGUUUCAGCGUUUACGGAUUGAAUCGACAGAAAUUAGAUAAAAAGGAAGAGAGUCGGGUUAGAGAGUUCAUGGCGAACAGGCAUACAAUUAUUCUGAUGCAGACUUCUCAGAACCGGGCAACUAGAACGUUUAUGGAUUAUGAAUCCAUAAGUCAAGCAAUUGAUGGUAUUUGUGCAUUAUAUGAAAGAAAGCUUAAGGAUCUCUACCCAGCCACUGGGAACAUCACUUAUGAUAUUGCAGAUCUCUACAAUUUCAUUGAUGGCCUUGCAGACUUGAGUGCACUAGUCUAUGAUCAUUCCAUUCAGGCUUACCUUCCAUACGAUCGACAGUGGAUUAAACAGCGCACUUUUCAUCACCUCAAGAAAUUGGCAACACAUUAAAGGGAACAUUGUAAGCUACACCCCAAUCUUAGUACUCGGUUUUUAUAAAGCAUGCAAAACAGAAGAAAAAGGCAAGGAACCGAGAAGUGCAGAACCAGAGUUCAGUCUUGUUUGGACUUCAGUUAUGCUGUCAAUGUAUGAAUAUGAACAUAGUAGGUUUUGUUCCAUUUUGCUACAUCUGAUAUGUUUGCCUGCUAUGGCUCUCUUGAUUUGCUUUGACCUUGAUGGCAUCA